CAAUUCAUCUUCUUGAAAGAGAGAGAAGCAGGCAAGCCAAGAAAAUGGCUCCAACAAUUGCAGUAGGUGACACAAUCCCAGAUGGCAAGCUCAUGUAUCUGGACGAGAAAGACCAGUUGCAGAGCCUGUCCCUUCAUUCCAUUGGAUCUGGUAAAAAGAUGGUCUUGUUUGCAGUCCCUGGAGCUUUCACCCCUGGCUGCAGCUUGAAACAUGUGCCAGGAUUCAUUGAGAAAGCAGAAGAGAUCAAGUCCAAAGGCGUCAGUGAAAUUCUGCUGCUGAGCGUGAAUGACGCAUAUGUGAUGAAGGCAUGGGAGAGAACAUACCCGGAGAACAAGCACAUUAAGUUCCUAGCUGAUGGCUCGGCAGCCUACACUCGAGCCCUCGGGCUUGAACUCGAUGCGAUGGAUGCAGGGGCUGGGGUUCGAGCUCGACGGUUCGCUUUGUUAGCGGAUGAUCUCAAGAUUCAGGUGGCAAACAUUGAAGAAGGUGGAGAUGUGACCGCAAUUUCUAGUGCUGAUGAAAUUCUAAAGGCUCUUUGAGAUUUAUAGAGGGUUUUGUUUGAAAUGUUUGUAUGUAUAAUGUAUGUUUUCUUUUAAUAAUAAAGGAUGUGAAAAUAAACUAAGGAGGCACAUUAUCAAUAUAAAUUACAUCUGUCCGUUUGUAUUCUUCCUGUGACUUGAAUUGGACUAUUAAUCGUGACUGGAAUAGUCAGGGGUGGCCUGAUCUGUAACCGUUUUCUUUGCCAUAUUGAAUUAGGUUUAGACACACAUGGAGAAGUAUAAAUACUUCUCAUCUCCUCUGUAAUCUCCUCGAUAUAGUGAAACUGGCUCUCUCUCGCCCGUGGACUAGCUAACACACAUCGUGUUAGUGAACCACGUAAAUCGUGUGUAGUGUUUUCGAUUCUCGUUUUUCAUAUUCUUACUUUCUCGAUUCUGGCGAUUUCCCGAUUCGUAGCAGCGCGUUUAAAACACUUCCAAGUUCCAUAUUUCAGUGAAUCAAAUUCCCCGUUCGUCACUGUCUAUUCCUUUUUAAUGCUAAAGUCUAACCAAACAUCCUAGAAAAUAACUUUAAAUAGACUUG